AUGGAUGGGCCGCCCCGCAGGGCAGUGGCCGCCCUUGCGUAUAAAACACACGGCGAGCCAUCCGAGGUUCUUUCCCAGGAAGAUUACGACCUGCCAACGGAAAUUGGACCGGAGGACGUAAAGAUCAAGAUGUUGGCGUCGCCCAUCAAUCCUGCUGACCUCAACACAGUGGAGGGGAAGUACCCACUGCUGCCACAGAGUCUACCAGCAGUGGGUGGGCACGAGGGUGUUGGGGAGAUAAUAUCAAUUGGAGCAAAGGUAUCAGAUUUGACCGUGGGAGACUGGGUCGUUCCACUUGAGAGUGGACUUGGAACAUGGCGUGAGGCAGGAGUGUUUAAACGGACGGCUUGGCACAAGGUGCCUCGAGAUUUGCCCCUUGAAUCUGCUGCCACGAUGAGCAUAAAUCCACCAACAGCCCUCUGCCUGCUGGAGAAAUUUGCCAAGCUGCACAAAGGGGACGUCAUUGUCCAGAAUGGGGCAAACAGCACUGUUGGGCAGUGCGCUGUAGGUGGUGAUACAACUUGCCAAGGAAAUGGACGUGAAGACUAUGAAUAUUGUCCGGAGAAGGCAACGCGAAGAAGACCAGCAGGCCACUGA